AUGAUGUCGUCUCUGUUCAACCCUUCCUUCUCCUCCACUCUCCCCAACCAUUUAAUUUCAAUCCCAAAUAAUAAAAAUCGAUGCGCCUCCAUCGUCGUGUCAUGCACCUCCUCCACAUUCGAUCCCUCCUCCUCCCACCUCACCAACAACAACCAUUCCGCUCCUUCGCCUCCGCCGCCCAACAUCAAGGACGAGGCGCGCCGCCACCGUGCCGCCUCCGCGCACGAUUUCACGGCCAAGUAUGUUCCCUUCAACGCGGGCUUCGACUCGCCGGAAUCGUACUCGCUCGACGAAAUCGUGUACCGCAGUCGCUCCGGGGGGCUACUGGACGUGCAGCACGACAUGGAGGCGCUGAAGAGAUUCGACGGAGCGUACUGGCGCACGCUCUUCGACUCGCGCGUGGGGAAGACCACGUGGCCGUACGGGUCCGGCGUGUGGAGCAAGAAGGAGUGGGUCCUACCGGAAAUUGACCCCGACGACAUCGUGAGCGCCUUCGAAGGGAACUCCAAUCUCUUCUGGGCGGAACGGUUCGGGAAACAAUUCGUCGGAAUGAACGAUUUGUGGGUGAAGCACUGCGGAAUCAGCCACACCGGAAGUUUCAAGGAUCUCGGCAUGACGGUGCUCGUCAGCCAGGUCAACCGUCUACGCAAGAUGAACCGCCCGGUCGUCGGUGUCGGCUGCGCCUCCACCGGGGACACUUCCGCUGCGCUCUCCGCGUACUGCGCCGCCGCCGGAAUUCCAUCCAUCGUGUUCCUCCCGGCGAACAAGAUCUCCACCGCGCAGCUAAUCCAGCCGGUUUCGAACGGCGCUCUGGUGCUGAGCAUUGACUCCGAUUUCGACGGCUGCAUGAAGCUGAUUCGCGAGAUAACCGCGGAAUUGCCGAUUUAUUUGGCGAAUUCGUUGAACAGUUUGCGGCUGGAGGGGCAGAAAACCGCGGCGAUUGAGAUUCUGCAGCAGUUCAACUGGGAGGUUCCGGAUUGGGUGAUUGUUCCCGGGGGCAAUCUGGGAAACAUUUACGCGUUCUACAAGGGAUUUAAGAUGUGCAAGGAUUUGGGGCUUGUGGAGAAGGUUCCGAGGCUUGUUUGUGCUCAGGCUGCAAAUGCGAACCCUUUGUAUUUGUACUACAAGAAUGGGUGGAACGAGUUUAAGGCUGUGAAGGCCAACACUACUUUUGCGUCUGCUAUUCAGAUUGGGGACCCUGUUUCUAUCGACAGGGCGGUGCAUGCUUUGAGGAAUUCGGAGGGGAUUGUGGAGGAGGCGACGGAGGAGGAGCUAAUGGAUGCGAUGGUGCAGGCUGAUUCUACUGGCAUGUUUAUAUGUCCGCACACUGGGGUGGCUCUCACUGCUCUUAUUAAGCUCAGGAAUCGUGGGGUUAUUGGAGGGGGGGAGAGGGUUGUGGUGGUGAGCACUGCACAUGGCUUGAAGUUUGCGCAGAGUAAGAUUGAUUAUCACUCUGGGGCCAUUCCUGGAAUGGGGCGUUUUGCUAACCCUCCCGUUUCCGUUAAGGCGGAUUUUGGGUCUGUCAUGGAUGUGCUCAAGGAUUUCUUGCACGCUAAGUCCCCCAAGAAUAAUAAGUCUUGA